CUUGUUGUGACUCCUCUACGUGCGUGGAAGAGUGACUUCAAGGGGGAUCCAGUCACGUCUUUCCUUUUAUUUUAUUAUUUUUUUUAUAGACGAAAAGAUUGGAUCCCGAACAGAAACAUUUGAAUUCUUCUAUUUAGAUUUUUUAAAUUCAUUUCUCCCGCUUUUGGACCAUAACAAGACACGGAGAUGAGUAUCGAGACGCUUUUAGAGGCGGCGAAGUUUUUGGAAUUGCAAGCCCUGCAACAACAGAAAGCACGUGAAGAGAAUGAGCUUCAGGAACGACGGCGUCGUGAGCAGGAGGCGGAGAAGCGGAGAGCAGAAGUUAACUCUAAUACUCAGCCCAUUCGAAUGAACCAUGUGACCUGGGUGGAGGAGUCCGGACCUGAACAUCGCCACAUACCUGCACCGGCACAGCCUCCUCCCCCUCCUCCCGCCAUGCCCAUCACGGUCAUCCCCAUCCCGGUGGUGUCCUCCACUCCUCCCGCCCUGCCCCCACCCCCCACCACAGCUCUCAGCCCGUCGGCAGCACCCCGCCUCACGCCACCCAGAAAAGACACCCACUCGCUGCCAAACCAGCAGGCGCUGCACCAGCGCCCCCUCAUCUCAUCUCAGGUGAAGGCAGAGCCUACAUCACUGUCUCAAUCCAAUGGCACCAAACCAGCCCAGCAGCUCCAGACCUACCCGGGCCCCAUCGUCGCAGCUUCCCAGCAUGCACUUCUCCCUCAGCCUGGACCUCCUUCAGCCCAACCCAGUCCUGCAGUCAGAGGCAGCCCGCCUGAUGACCACCGUAAUUUGGACGGCAAGAAGAGACCUGGAGGGGCAGGAACGAGAGAAGUGCACAAUAAGCUUGAAAAAAACAGACGUGCUCACUUAAAGGAGUGUUUUGAGACCCUGAAGAAGAACAUUCCUAAUGUCGAUGAAAAGAAGACGUCCAAUCUGAGUGUUCUGAGAAGUGCUUUGAGAUACAUUCAGACUCUGAAGAGGAAGGAGAAGGACUACGAGCAUGAGAUGGAGCGUUUGGCACGGGAGAAGAUCGCCUUGCAGCAGAGACUGGCCGAGCUCAAGAAUGAGCUGAGUCAGCGAUUGGACGUGAUGGAGAUCGACCGUGUUCUUCGACAGACUGUCCAGCCAGAUGAUGACCAGGCCUCUACCUCCACAGCUUCAGAAGGUGAAGACAACAUUGACGAAGAUAUCGAAGGCGAGACGCCGAGCGCCUUACCCAAAGUGCCUGCUGCGCUUCAGCCAGACUUAAAGAAGCCCCGUCCUGCGUCAUCCCUCAUAACACAACCCAUCCCCAUCCAACACAAACCGUCUAAGACUUUACCCCCCAUUCCCUCAGCUCAACUAUCCCCCAUCGCUGCCGCCGCUCCGAUUACAGCUCCCGCUUUGACAUCGACCCCAGCACAGGCUCCUAACGGCCCAGCAUCCGCUCCCGCCACCCAGGUGGUGACCCCGCAAACACUACCUCCGGCCCAGACCCAUAUAGUCACGGCGGCCAGCCUGCAGCCUUCCGUCAUCGCCCAUGCAGGAUCGGCGUCGCACGCCUCCGUCAUCCAAACCGUCAACCGCGUGAUCCAGCCGGGCUCCAAGCACGUGGCCCACAUCGCUCCUUCCUCAUCGAGCUCAGUGCAGCUGGCCCCUGGACCUCAAUCCAUCAGCCACAUCACUGUCGCACAUCUUCCAGCGAUCUACCCACAACCUGUCACAGUUACACAGCCGGCGGUUAUGAGCCACAUUGCGCAAACGCUCUCUCAUGCUCAGAUGAAUGGCACUGCGGUGACCAAUGCGCAAGCUAAGCAGACGCCGGUGGGUGCUCAGAUGGUUACCCAUCACCCUCAACUGGUGGGCCAGACCGUCCUCAACCCAGUCACAAUGGUGACCAUGCCCUCCUUCCCAGUCAGCACGCUAAAGCUGGCCUGAAGCGCUGACAUACGGAACCCCAGAUAGACACUUACAGACUAGCCUGCCCCGUUUGAGACUGCCGCCACAUGCAGCACUGUAUUCAAACGAACUACAAAGCUAAAGGACUCCGUACAUUCCAAAUGAAAAGAAAGUAUAUAAAGAUGACACAGAAAUUUAUUGAAUGUCUAAUACUAUAUAAUGAUAUAUAUAAUAAAAGACAAAAAGAGAUGUUUUAUCUGUAUGUGUGGGCAAAGGUGAAGUAUAGAGUGCUUGUGUGCUGCUCAGUGUGUUUUAGGCUCUAGUGGAGUGUAUUAUGAUAAAACUGUGGUCCGAUCCCAGCCUAGAUUGACUCUCAGCCAGCCUACUAUGUGUGACUACUGGUUUAAAAGACUUGGUGAAAAGGCAGCCCCCAUAAUACCUCACACUAACUCCUCAACUAACAGCACACCUCAUGUGAAUACUCUUCUCAGCUCCCGUUAGACCAGGUUUAAUGUACUGUGUUGUGACUGACGUAAAUCCUAAACCAGUUCUUGAAGUCCCUAGUUCUUAAUGUCAUUCCAAGCUGUAUGGCUUUCUUUCUUCUGCAAAUCACAAACAUGAUGAACAGUCUUGUCAGUACAAUAGAAGUCAGUGGGGUUCAAAAUAAUACAGACCCAGUUGGCUUUUAUUGUCUGGACAAAAAACACUUCCAAAUAGCUUUUUUUUGUGUUCUGCAGAAUAAAGAAAGUCAAGUUUGGAGCGACAUGAGGAUGAGUAAUUAUUUGGUGAACUGUCGCUUUAAAAUCAGUUUACUUGGUCAGUCUGGUGUCAUGUUUUACCACUAUAUUUGAUGCAAGAUAUAGCAUCAUUAUUACACUGGAUAAGUGAUUUUCCUAAAGAGAGAGUUCACCCAAAACUGAAAAUUCUGUCAUUACUUACUCACCCUCAUGUCGUUCCAAACCUGUAAGACAUUCAUUCAUCUUUGAAACACAAAUUAAGAUAUUUUUAAUGAAAUCCAAGCGCUUUCUGACCCUGCGUAGACAGCCUACCACAAUUAAGGCUCAGAAAGGCACCAAGAACAUCAAAAAAAUAAACCAUGUGCAUCAGAAAGCUCUCGGAUUUCAUAAAAAAUAUCUUAAAUUGUGCUUUGAAGAUGAUCAAAGGUCUUACGGGUUUGGAACGACAUGACGGUGAGUAAUUAAUGACAGAAUUUUCCCUUUAAUAUUUAUGUUUUUUCCAUUUCAAAUAUUUAUAAAUUCUUAAUGCAAGAUCAUUUAUUUGAGAAGGAAGACGAAUUAAGAUAUUAAAUGUAUCAAAAUAAGUGAGCUUUAGCUUUAAACAAAAAAAUAAAUAAAUCUGUUGGAGUAAAGGUCAUUGCACACUGAGUCCGUCAUCCUUUCCUAAGAAAAUGCUUGCUACGGAAAACGCAGAAAAUAGAACCUGAUCCAAAUUUUUUUUAUGACUGACGAAAGUUUCGGAGGAAGUGUGUAAACGUGAUUGACAUAACGUGAGGCUGCAUUUAUUUUUUACAUGUAAAUAUUUCGGACUCGGUGUGCAAUGAUCUUAAGAGAAAAUAGUAUUUGAAUAAAGUUGAUGCCCCACAAAAGCAAAACUCACUGAAUUUUGAUACUUUUAUUUGGAAAACAAGAACUUUUUUUUUUUUUGACUGUUUUGCAAUUGUAUAAAUAUGUUAAUUUAAAAAUGUUACGAGUAAGAAAAUCAUUUUUGCAGUGUAAAGUAGUCAACCAUGUAGUUGACCUCUACAGUUAGACACCAGGAGCGUAUGUGAGAUGUUUCUUUAAGAAAAUAUCUUUUUACAGAGUUUACAUGAUUUAUCUGUAGUGCUCUAGCUGGCAUAGACACUAUUGUUGUGUGACUGUCACGUGAGUCAUGGGAAUCUGACAGGAGUGCCUUUAACGUUGUCAAUCUGGAGUCCUGUUUAAUGCUGCACAAACACCCCCUAUUGCUCUCUUGCUGCAACUGCACUCUUUAAGUUAUUCACUAACAAAGCCUCUUUAUCAAAUCCAGCUCAGUGGUGUAUGAACCAUAUUAAAUAGCCAUUAGUUUGCAACAGCGCAAACGUUGUUCUGGAUGUCAUUGCGAAUGUAUUCCAACACAUUCAAUGCCUUCAUCUUGCCACUGGUGAUAAAUGUUGGUUAUUACACGUGCAGGAAAUAACUGCAUGGUUAUUUUUUUUUUUUUUU